UGAAGCCCCCGCUGGAGGUGAUGCUGCUGGUGGUGGUGGUGGUGGUGACGCUGCUGGUGAUGCUGGCGGUGAUGCUGGUGGUCCGCCUCCGCCGAUGCCUACCAGGAUUCCAUCUCUCAAGGUUACAGGUGUCAAACUAAAUGCGAUGUCCAAUGCAUUACUGCAUGAAACCAAGGAGUACGAGUUCGACAAGUCAUCUGGACGUGGUCUCAUUGUAAGACGAGGUCAGGAGUUCAAGAUCGUCAUCCUUCUCAGCAGGGCCUUCAAGCAGAACAAGGAACGCAUCUCUCUCCAGUUUUCUGCUAAAGCCAAGGUUCCUAGACCAAUGGACGGGACCCUAAUAGCCCUGGACAUCAAUGGUACUUACAAAGACGGGGCCUGGAGUGCAAAGAUGGAGUCAGCAGAAGACAACACCAUUCAGGUCACGGUGAACAGCGCCCCCAAUGCCAUUGUCGGCAGUUACAAGCUGACUGUCAAAGUCGAAAGCCGAGCGAGUGGUCUGGAGACGGUCUUCCCUCAAGACAAGAAGAUCAUGGUUCUGUUCAAUCCAUGGUGCGAGAAGGAUACCGUGUUUAUGGGGGACAAGGCCGAACGAGAAGAGUACAUCCUUGAGGACAGCGGGGCAAUCUGGAGGGGGAAUUCCCACAGCAGCCGCCCAAAACCCUGGAACUUUGGACAGUUCGAUUUGGAGGUUCAUCGAGUGGUCUUUGAGCUCCUGGAGAAGCACGUCAGUGCCAAAGACAGGCGAAGUGCUGUCAAGGUAUCAAGGUGGUUUUCCUUCAUUGUCAAUGAUGAAGUCCUCCAUGGUAAUUGGAGUGGAGACUACGCGGGUGGUACCCCUCCGUCUAGGUGGAAAGGCAGUGUGGCUAUCAUAGAAGAGCACGGAAAAGCCAAGACACCUGUCAAGUAA